AUGCCCAACGACGACGACAAAUCCGCCGCCCGGCCCGUGGACGACGACGACGAGCCAGACGAGUGGGACAAGCGCAUCUUCAGCACUGGCUGCGCCGACGAGAACGCCGCCCUGACGGACUGCUACUUUGCCAAGAAGGACUGGCGGGCGUGUGCGGCCGAGAUGCAGGACUUUAAGCAGUGCUGGAAGCGGCAUGGGAACGAUGGGCGCACGGCGACCAAGGACGCGUGA